AUGCAGUGCAGCGGAAACCGAACCACAUUUAAGAAAAGAGAACACAAGAUCGAGUGCCAAUGUGACAAUGCGUGUUACCAAACAUUUUCAGACUGCUGUCCAAAUUACGAAUCAACCUGCGGGUCUCAGAACGCGCUGGGACACGCAUACCUUGACAAAGAUGUGUGGAAAUGUGUGGAGUUUAAACAACCAUUGAACUUGCCGUGUAAAAAUAUAGGCCUGAACGGUGUGUGGAUGAUUCAAAAAUGCGCCGCAGACUGGCCUGUCGAUGAUACCAAACACAGAUGUGAAAAUGCACCAACAGAUUUUUCCUAUCCCGUUGAGGAUUUUAUUCCAGUCGUUGGGGUGAACACCUUUACGUAUCGUAACUUGCACUGCGCCGCAUGUAAUGGGAUUAAAGAGUACGAAACUUGGAGAAUAGAAGUCUUUUCUUACCUUACUCCACCAGAUGAAUUUGGGUUGGACUUAAAACUACAGUUUGCCAUAAGCAUUGGUGGAUGGCUUGAGAGUAUUUACCCUGUUUUCGACCAUCCUAAGCGUUACUGCCUUGGUAGUCAUUUAAUAAAUAGCUGUAAUAACACAGGUAAUAUUUCCUAUAAUAACGACUGCGUCAAUGGUCCCGUCCAAGUUGUAUCGACCGGAGAUUAUCUGUACUUUAAGAACCCCGCAUGCGCAGUGUGUAACGGUUAUCUGGAGGUUACUAAAUGGAAAGCGAAACAAGUUUGUGUGAAACCUAAAAAUUUGAAAGAAGGAAUUUACCGUUUCUAUUUCAUCAUAAGGAAACCUGACGGUAAUGAAACAUUUCGUGGUACGCGUUCGUCAUGUCCAUAUGGUGAAGUUGGUACAAUGUAUAAUUCACGGUUAGGAUUCUGCGAGAAUCGAUGGCCAGCUAUCAUUGAUGCAAGUGGUGAACUAGCCAAUGAAUUUUUGGUAUUUUUGUCGUUUAAGGAAGUUAGUACUCUAGAAGGUCGAUAUACGUCGAGAAAGACGAAAGAAAACUACUUCAAAUCGGCGCUGACCGCCAAUAUGUCGCUUCUAGCCAGCCAGACAUCAGAAAUCGCAUUUCACAUUCAAGAUCAUGUCGAUCGUUUCAAAGUCGCUACAUUCCGUGUGACAAUUACACCAUAUCAAGGGCUAAUACUUGCAAACCAACACAAACUCAGUCAUUUUAGCGGUGAAAACAUCGCAUUUUUGAAACUGAUUAACCCACUCAACAUUAACGAAAAUUUUACGCUAUCUUGGAAGGAGUUCACAUUCACUGUGCUUAAAGUGGUAUCCAGACAGCUGUCCUGCCAUGACGGGCACAAAUUUCAAUCAUACACAUCAGAUGUGCGCUUAAAGUUGGAAAGUGGAAACUAUUUUGAGUUAAAGGGUGAGCCGCCGAGACACAAGGAUUUGACUUUAUGUCAUAAAUUGUUUAUAUCACAUUGUACGAGAGGGACGUACGUGCCGUUACCUCGAGGAGAAUACACAAUAACCCAUAAUUUAACCGUUCUUCACAACACAACAAUGCGUGCGUACAAGUUUGGCGACUAUCUGAUCAAUAAAAAUUCAAAUAGCCACCCCUCAACUGAUGAUUCAAACUCAAUUAUACCAAGGAACGCCACAAUUUCUAUUUGCUUAUCGCACCAAGCAACUGAAACAGCGGACAAGGAAUAUAGUCGAAGCACAAGGAUUGGCGUACGAGUUGUAACAUUCAUUAGCUUCAGUGUGUCUAUAAUUUGCUUAUCGUUGUUUUUAAUAACUUUUGGACUAUUUAAAGAACUGAGGAAUCUUCGUGGAAUGAAUUUAAUGAAUUUAACCCUCUCGACGUUUCUGUCACAUCUGAUAUGGCUGAUAAGUACCGCUUAUAUUGAAGACGAAACAUUGUGCAUUGUAUUCGCAACACUGGAUCACUAUCUUUUCUUCGCAUCGUUUCUGGCUAUGACCAUCAUUUCGUAUCAUACUUGUCGCGUAAUCUCCCAACAAUUUUGUGAAAAAUUACUUCCGACAAUUUCGCGCUGGAUCCUUUUCAAGUAUUCAACAUUCGUGUGGCUAACUCCUGCGAUAUUUGUCGCAAUUUGUGGCGCAUUGGACGACACCGAAACGUUCUCCGUGGACUAUGGAACAAAGUGCUGGCUAGGAACUACAAACGCUAUGUUCUAUUUAUUCUUAUUCCCCCUCGCUGCAUUAAUACUUUGUAAUGUCUACAUAUUUAUUCGAGCGUCGGUUAUUUUAUCUCUCCAUGACAAGGACAAUAACACCAUACAAGGUCAAGAGGGAAGACAAAAUCUUCUCUUCUCGAUAAAACUUGCAACGUUGGUCGGUUUUCCAUGGUUGUUUGUGUUCUUCGGCAUGUUGUUUCCAGAUGAACAAGCAUUUGAUUACUUGUUUGCUGUUUUUAUGUGUCUACAAGGCAUCUACAUCGCUUUGUCGUAUUUUUUCAAUCAAAGUACUUUCGAACUUUAUAAAAACCGUUGGAAUGCAAACAAGAGAGAAGAUAAAUCAUUCCAUUCUGGUUGUGUUUCAGCAGUAUUUGAAAUGUCAUUUUCACAAAAUUCAUUGUAA